AUGAAUCAGAGCAUCAAAGCCGUGUUAGUGGUUUGCCUCGUGGUAGCCGUCUUCGCCGGUGCAAACAGAAGUAGAGGUGGACAAGGAUCCAACAGAUUCCUUCCUGGAAGAUUCGGUGGCGUCCACGGAGUCGGUCUCUUCGCCGGCGAUACUCAUGGUGGUAGAAUCCAUGGUGAUGGAAUUUAUGGUAGCGGUGUCCAUGGUGGAAUUCAUGGUGGUAUCCAUGGUGGAAUCAACGGUGGUAGUCGUAUUACCGGCGGUGGAAUUUCUCCUGACCCAAGCGACUGUAGGUGUUGGUGCAAAACUCCGGAGGGUCAAGCCUACUGCUGCGAGACGGUGCACGAACCAGAAGCACUUGUUGUCACCAAGCCACUAGAUUGCCCACAAGGCCCUCCACAACCUGUUCCAAUGACUACAAGUGUGCUGGCCUCGAUAAGUGUUGCUUCGACAUGUGUUUGGGAGAACACAUGA